UCUCACUCUUUCUAGUCUCUAUCCCAAGUGUCAGGAGUCUUGAAUCGCACAAUGGCCUCAUAUCCCAAGAAGAAGUGCGGUGUUCUCGGAGCCACUGGCUCGGUUGGCCAACGGUUCAUUCUCCUGCUCGCGGACCAUCCCUUCCUGGAACUUCACGCCGUCGGUGCCUCGGAGCGCUCCGCUGGUAAGGCCUACAAGGAUGCCGUGAGAUGGAAGCAGACUACGGCCAUGUCUGAGAAGCUCAGCAACCUUGUCCUUCGUGAUUGCAAGGCCGAGCAGUUCGCCGACUGCGACUUGGUCUUCUCUGGACUCAACAGCGAUGUGGCGGGCGAUCUUGAAAUGGAAUUUAUCAAGGCCGAUAUCCCCGUUUUCUCCAACGCUAAGAACUACCGCAAGCAUCCCCUGGUCCCGCUUAUUGUUCCUACCGUCAACCCUCACCACUUCGACCUCAUCCCCCACCAACGGAAACACUUCGGCCUGAAGAAGGGCUUCCUGGUCUGCAACUCUAACUGCGCCGUCAUCGGCAUCGUCAUCCCAUUCGCCGCGCUCCAGGCCAAGUUCGGUCCUGUUGUCGAAGUGGAAGUUUUCACUGAGCAAGCUCUGUCCGGAGCCGGUUACCCUGGUGUUCCCAGCAUGGACAUUUUGGACAAUGUCAUUCCGUUCAUCAGCGGCGAGGAGGACAAGCUCGAGAACGAGGCGCAGAAGAUUCUGGGUUCUCUGAAUGCCGAUGCUACUGGUUUCGAGGAGCAAGCCGGCCUCAGAGUGGGCGCGACUUGCACUCGUGUUGGAGUCACUGAUGGCCACAUGGCAUUCGUUUCUCUGCGCUUCAAGAACCGCCCGGCACCCAGCGCAGAGCAGGUUGUUCAGGCGAUGAGAGAAUAUCAGUCCGAGGCACAGAAGUUGGGUGCCCCGUCAGCUCCUGCAGAGGCUAUCAAGGUUUUCGACGAACCCGACCGGCCCCAACCCAGACUCGACCGCGAUAUCCAUAAGGGAUACACCGUUAGUGUCGGACGAGUCCGUGAGGGUCAGGAAGGUGGCUAUUUCGAUAUCCGAUUUGCUGCCUUGUCGCACAACACCGUUCUGGGCGCUGCGGGAUCGUCUAUCCUCAAUGCCGAGGUUGCCGUGAUCAAGGGCUACAUCUAGACACGCUAGAUAAUAAAAAUGUAUAUAGAGACUUGGGUUAGCUUCUUUCUCUGAUAGACAGCUUGAGAACUUAGCAGUCGGUGUCAACAAAGUGACGACCGAAGUAUGUG